AUGUCUUUCUUUAAAAAUGUGGCAUCUGGAUUCACAGUCCGAAGUCGCGAUUCAAUGCUAAAAGAAGCGCUUAUAAACAAUUUGUCAGAAAGUGUAAAAGAUAUUCAAUACAGCAAUCAAUUCGAAGAGAAUUUCCACAGCGUUCUGGGUUCUACUGACUCUACGAACACAUUAUGUAUGGCGCUAGAGGCAGUUUUUCUACACGGCUUGAAGGAUACAUUUCUGAGAAAAGCUAAGAAUGCUUUGACGGGUGAGUCCGACCAGCAGCCGCAGCCAAACUUUUGGCCUCUUAUCCUUGUCUUGUCUCACCGUCAAAACAUAGAUCAAAUAUCUUCAUUGCCUCAAAUCAAUACAGAAAUAGGUCAAUGUCGUGCAUGGCUGCGAAUUGCUUUAAAUGAGUGCCUAUUGUCCUCAUAUAUGUCAACUCUCCUCAAGAAUAUAUCUGCUGUGAAGCCUUUCUAUAACAGAUCAGCAUUUGUAUGUGAUUCUGAAAUAUUAGAAGUGGCUCAAAAACUUGUUGAAGGCUUGGAAACAUGUGUCCAAUUUAACUUACCCAUAAAUUCAAGUCUGCUAAACUACUGGCCUGAACAAGUCUUGAUGUUAGCUGGCAUAUGGGUGCCUAAGAUAAGACAAGCUCCUAUCAGUGCAGCUUUAGAUGUAGCCAGUACCAUAACAGAUGAGGAAGUCAAGCCCAAGAUAGUGUCAACACCCACACAUACUUCUAACAUCACAGGACUGGGCCGCAUGCUAGCUUUAAAUGAAGAUGAAGCUUUGGAUUUCAUUCUAUCUAAAGAUAUUAAAGAUAUCACUAGUCGAAGCUAUGAACCUGAAGAAAAAGAAGAUUUACCAAUACCAAAAAUACAAGAAGAAGCUAAAAUUGAAUCUGAUAAGUCUAAAAAUAAAGUAACACCAGUUGAAAUGGAACAGCCUUCUACCAGCCACGACCCAGUAGAUGGUACUUGUGUUUCGCCUUCAUCUGUUAACUCUGAGGACUUUGUUGCUCCUGCAGAUAUUGUUGUUACUGGGAAUUCACUGUGUGGUAAGGGUUGGUCUACUGACAACAAUGAUGAGAUGAAUGCCUCAAUCAAUUCCAAUUCAUCUCAUGGCAGCAGUAUGAUAAAAACACCGGAACUAAAGAGUUUAUCAUCAUUAGUGGAUAAUUCAAAUCCUUUUGGAGAAACUUGUACAACUACUCCCAACUUAAGAGAUAUUAUGAAAGAUAUUCACAAAGAACUUAAGUUAAGCUCAGAAGAUACAGAUAUUUGUGAUUUGAAUGUGGAAACAGUCAGUCCUGAAGAUCCAAUGUUACAAGGUCUGGAUUUUGAAGUAGUUCCCAAUACCAUGUCUUCAUCAUUUACUGUCCAAGAGUUGCAGAAGAUGAUAUCACAGAUAGGUACUUUGUCAAGGGAGCAAGGUCUUGAUCAUCAAAACUAUCAGUGUAAGGGAUGCCAGGACUUGCUGGGCAGCACCAUUUCUAAAGCCAAAGUAUGUGCUUAUACUGGAGAGUACUACUGUUGUAACUGCAUGGACCCCAAUGUGUUUAUUAUUCCAGCAAGAGUCAUACACAACUGGGAUUUCAAAAGAUACCCAGUCUCUAAGAAGUCUGCUCUCUUUUUGUUAGAAUUUCAACAUCACCCUUGGAUAGAUAUGAAAAAACUAAACCCAAAAAUUUAUAAUGGAGUAUCAGAUAUGGCUCACUUGCAGGAACUAAGGAUUCAACUGAAUUUCUUGAGAGCAUACAUAUUUAACUGUAGAGAGCCUGUCAUUGAAGAGUUACAGAAACGUGUGUGGCCUAGAGAGUAUUUGUAUGAACAUCUACACUUGUACACUAUAUCUGACCUGGCUCUCAUACCUAAUGGUUCCUUAGCACUGCAGUUGGAGAAGGUGGUAGGUUUUGCUAGAACUCAUGUAUUGGAAUGUUGGUUAUGUAGCCAAAAAGGCUUUAUUUGCGAAGUAUGUCGCGACCCUAAAAUACUUUAUCCUUUUGAAACAAGCACAACAUAUCGUUGUGACGAGUGCUCAAGCGUGUUUCAUGCUAAAUGUCUUAAUGCCAGUAUACCUUGUCCCAAAUGUAAAAGAAGGCAGAAUCGUACUAAUGAGGCAUCAUUGAUACAGGCUGUACAGUCUCAAUUCAUUAAAUAA